CAUCAAUGGUGUCUUUUGCUUUUGUAUAACACCACUCUUUUCUUCCUUCCUUCCCAUUGUUUUUUUUUCAACCAAAACAAAAGAAAAUGGACACAUCCAAUGAAAUUGUGCAUGAUGUUUUUCCAUAUCUACAAGUGUACAAAAAUGGAACAAUCAAAAGACUUGUAGGUACUGAAUUCACACCAGCAACCUAUGAUUCUCAGACUAAUGUUACAUCCAAAGAUGUUAUGGUAGAUCCAAAAUCAGGCAUUUCUGCCAGAAUUUAUCGACCAAAUUCGAUAACAAAAUCGAAAAAACUUCCUUUAGUUGUAUAUUUUCAUGGUGGAGCAUUUUGUAUAUCCUCUGUUGGUGAUCCUAAGUACCAUGAUUCUCUUAAUGUGUUUGUGUCUUGUGCUAAUGUUGUUCUUGUCUCAGUUGAUUAUAGAUUAGCUCCAGAACAUCCUCUUCCAACAGCUUAUGAUGAUUCUUGGUUUGUUCUUCAAUGGGUGGCUCAACAUAAAUUAGAACAGGGGAGUGAUGUUUGGUUGAAUGAGUUUGUUGACUUUGAUAAUGUGUUCUUGGCAGGGGACAGUGCAGGUGCUAAUAUUUCACACUUCAUGGCAAUAAGAGCAAAAGAGGAUUUAGGGAUGAAGCUUAGUGGGAUGGUUAUGAUUAGUCCAUAUUUUUGGGGAGAAGAGCCAAUUGGGAUAGAGAUUAAAGAUUCAUUGAGAAAAUCAAUGGUAGAUAAAUGGUGGGAAUUUGUUUGUCCAUCAAAUAAAGGGAAUAAUGAUCCUUUGAUCAAUCCUUUUGUUGAUGAAGCACCAAAUCUUGAAGAAUUGGCCUGUGACAGAGUUCUUGUUUGUGUAGCAGAAUUGGAUAUACUGAGAGACAGAGGAAUAUUGUACUAUGAAUCUUUGAUGAAGAGUCAGUGGAAAGGAAAAGUUGAAAUCUUUGAAACUAAAGGGGAAGAUCAUGUUUUUCAUAUAUUUAAUCCUAAUAGUGAAAAAGCACUUGAUUUGGUCAAAUCUUGGGCUACUUUUAUUAAUGAAAAGUGAUUGUUUCGUGUAAUCGGUAAAGUGCUUUAGGCUGUUGUUUUCAUGAAAAAAUUGUGUAUACUGCAAUAAUAAAUAAAUUCCAUCGCUUUCAUUUGCGCCUUGAUUAUA